AUCAGGACUUGAAUUGUCUACAGGGACACAGAACAGCAGGUUCCAGGUGCUCCCCAAUGGCACUCUGUCCAUCCAGAGGGUCAGCAUUCAGGACCGUGGACAGUACCUGUGCUCAGCAUCCAAUCCACAUGGCACAGACCAUCUUCACGUCACCUUGUCCGUGGUUUCCUACCCACCCAGGAUCCUGGAGGGACGAGCUGAGGAGCUCACUGUCCACUCUGGGAGCACGGUGGAGCUGAAGUGCAGGGCAGAAGGCCAGCCACGUCCUGCGGUCUCCUGGAUUCUCGCCAACCAGUCGGUGGUCUCCGAGUCAUCCACGGGAAAGAGGCAGGCCCUGGUAACACCGGAUGGAACGCUGGUCAUCCGCCACCUGAGCAUUUAUGACCGUGGCUCUUACAGGUGUGUGGCCAGCAACCCAGCCGGCCAGGACUCCCGGCUAGUUAGGAUCCAAGUCGUGGCGGCGCCCCCUGUCAUCCUGGAGCCCAAGAGGCAAGUCCUCGUGGGGAGCUGGGGUCAGAGCCUGGAGCUGCCCUGCACUGCAGAGGGAAGUCCUCAGCCCCGCGUCCACUGGGUGCUCGCCGACGGCACUGAGGUGAAGCCCCUGCAGGGCCCUCACGCCAGAUGGUUCCUGCACACCAACGGCACUCUGCACAUAAGGAAGGUCGCGCUCUCAGACAGGGGCACUUACGAGUGCAUCGCCACCAGCUCCGCAGGCUCGGAGAGGAGGGUGGUGACGCUCAGAGUGGAAGGGCACGAGACCAGCCCCAGGAUAGAAGUCGCCUCCCAGAAGUGGACCCAGGUGAACUGGGGGGACAGACUGCUACUGAACUGCUCAGCAGCUGGGGAGCCCACACCCAAAAUUAUCUGGAGGCUUCCAUCCAAGGCUGUCGUGGACCAGCGGCACAGAAUGGGCAGCCGAAUCCACGUCUACCCAAACGGAUCCCUGCUUAUUGGAUCCGUGACAGAGGAAGACGGUGGUGACUACGUGUGUGUGGCCAGGAACGGCGCGGGAGACGACCUGAGCCUGAUGCACGUCAGCCUGAGGCUGACGCCCGCCAGGAUCAACGGCAAGCAGCACCUCGCCAGGCAAGUGCGCCAGGGGAAGGACUUCCGGGUGGACUGCAAGGCCUCGGGCUCCCCGCAGCCUGCCAUCUCCUGGAGUCUGCCCGACGGGAGGCGCAUAGACCAGGCCGGGCUAGCGGAGGACGGCGGCCCCAGGACCGGGAGGUACAGGCUCUUCGACAACGGGACCCUGCACGUGGGCGCGGUCGGGGUGGCGGAGGAGGGAGACUACACCUGCCACGCGCAGAACACGCUGGGGAGGGACGAGAUGCGGGUCCGCCUCACCGUCCUCACCGCCGCCCCGCGCAUCACGCGGGGCUCCCCGGCCAGCGUCAGGGUGGCCGCCGGGGACACGGCCGUCCUGGACUGUGAGGUCGUGGGGGAGCCCAGGCCAAGGAUGUUCUGGCUGCUCCCCUCGGGCCACACGGUCUCCUCCUCCAGCGGCCGGUACGCCUUCCACGCCAACGGGUCCCUGUGGGUCCGCGAGGUGCGGACGCGCGACUCGGGGGAGUACGUGUGCGUGGCGCGGAACCCCAGCGGCGGCGACGCCCGGGCCUACGCGGUGGAGGUGGCCUCGCGGCCUCCGCGCAUCAACGGCGUGGCGGCCCGCAGGACGGUGGUGAGCGCCACGGCCCUGAGGCACUCCAGGAAGCUGCUGCACUGCCGCGCCGAGGGCCAGCCGCCGCCGCGCGUCCGCUGGCUCAUGCCCGACGGCGUGGAGCUCGCGGCCCCCUACCGCGGGGGCAGGGUGGCCGUGCACGCCAACGGCACCCUGGAGAUCCGCAACGCCAGGCCCUCGGACGCGGCCGACUUCACCUGCGUGGCGCGCAACGCCGGCGGGGAGAGCGAGCUGCUGGUGCGGCUGGCCGUGCGCGACCUGCUGCGCAGGCCCACCUUCCGGAGCCCCUCCAACCAGAGGGUGGCUGCCCCGCUCGGCCGGCCCGCCGCGCUCAACUGCUCGGCCGACGGCAACCCGCCGCCCGAGAUCAUCUGGAUGCUGCCCAACGGCACCCGGCUAUCGCCGGGGCGGCCCGACUCUCGGCACCUGAUCGCCAGCAAUGGCUCCCUCCUCUUCCGCAAAACAACUCGGCAGGAUGCGGGCAGGUACCGGUGUGCAGCCAGGAACCAAGUGGGCUACAUCGAGAAACUGGUCGUUCUGGAGGUUGGGCAGACACCGGUCAUCCUGACCUAUGCUCCGCGGACGGUAAGCAGCGCGGCUGGGGACUCUUUGUGGCUGCACUGUGUGUCUGAUGGGAUCCCGAAGCCACACAUCAAAUGGACCACGCCGAGUGGCUCUGUGCUGGACAGGCCUCAGGGCAACGGCAGGUACACCCUGCACGAAAACGGCACCUUGGCCAUCAAAGCUGCAACAGCCCAGGACAGAGGGAAUUACGUCUGUCAGGCGCAAAACAGCGUUGGCCAGGCACUGAUCACGGUUCCAGUGAGCAUCGUGGCCUACCCUCCCCGAAUCACAAGUCGCCCACCCAGCAGCAUCCUCACCAGGACAGGAGUGGCCUUCCAGCUCCACUGUGUGGCCCUGGGCGUCCCCAAGCCGGAAGUCACCUGGGACACGCCGGACCACUCCCCCCUCUCAAGGGCAAGAGAAGGGCUUCACCCACAAGGCACCCUAGUCCUUGAGAAUCCCCAGACCUCGGACUCUGGGCUCUACAGGUGCACAGCAAGGAACGCACUUGGUAGUGAUUAUGCAGCAACUUACGUUCAAGUAAUCUGACAGGAAAGGAAAAUAACACUGAACAAAGUCGACGUCAGCACAGAAUUUAUUUUUUGGAAGAAGUUUAAUCAAAGGCAGCCAUAGGCAUGUAAAUGAACUUGGAUACAUUUACAAUAUUAAAUUUACAAUGGACAUGCAAAAAAAGACAUAAAUUAAUGCAGUAUGAACUGAUACUGAUUUCUUUAAUGGAUCUCAACACAAACUUUUAACUUAAGGCACUUUUAUUUUGCCAACAAAUAACAACAAACAUUAAGAGAAAACGAUCCACUAUAAAAUAACAAAUGGCUAAUGCACCUGAAUUUUUCAGUAAAGAAGGGACUGAUUUUCCUUUUACCACCAGUUGCCUAGAGGCAUCUUCUAUCAGUGUUACAAGCAUGGUGCUCGGGCCGGUAGGUGGAACAGAUUCAUCUGCAGUCCUUAUGCACAUUUACCAUCUUGAUGUACCGAGUUUGUCGUUGGUUUAAAUAUUUUGCUAAACCUACAGAAAACAGCACUGAACUAUUUGGAUGAUGACUUUAUCAUUUGUUUGCGAUGAAGAUUCUCAUUGAUGGGGAGUACAAAAACGUCUUAACUGCAUUUAAAAAUAAAUGCAGGCUAAUUUCUCCACAUGUAAAAAGCAACUUGACAUCCACACACCAUACAAUGUGAAAAGGGCGCUGAUUAUAUCUUUGUCCAAAUCUGUCCAUUAUAAAGGUUUUUACAAAUACAGCGAAGCUCCUCUAACUAGGAUCUAGCUCGGGCACUCCUGGUUCGGAGCUGUUAAAGGGAGGUUCUCCGAGGCAGAAUCUGCCUCUCAGACAUUCAUUUCAUCAUGUGAUGAGUCCUUAUGCGGUGGGAAAAUGUUUGGGAGUCUGGAUCUCUUACGUAAUGAAAUUUCACUGUAUUAAAAACUUGAUCAACCCUAUAAAAAUGUUGCUUUUUGUAAUUCACUGUAUUUGUAUUACAUGCUUAAUUGAACCUGAAUUAAUUUGGGGGACAUUAUGAUUCAUUUUUCUAAUUCUAGAGGCUGGGGUUUUCCCGUAUAAUUUCUCCAGCAUUUAUACCUGUUAUUUUAGAAUUGUAAGUCAUGGAUUUUGUACAGACAGCUCAGUCCACUGAGACACGCUGGCCCUGCCAAUCAUUUGAGACAUGAGGAUGGCCUCCCUUCAAUGUGUUUUCAGCAUAUCCAAUGUCAGCUGGCUCCAUCUCAGAGGUCACCCGCUUGCUGUCAAUCUCGGUACCUAGUGGGUGGUGAGGUCAAAGGCCACCCGUACAGUGAUCUCCCUCUACUUCUGGACCAAGACAGGUGGGUAACAGGAUGAAGGUCCCUGAUUAGGCACAAGUCUGUGACAUAAGUGGGUGUGUCUAAGGGGUCCUCACAUCCAGGCGUUUUGAUAGGGGUACCCAAUUCCAUUAGAUUCCAAGGUCUUGUCUUGAACAGGCUGGGGUCUCUAUCUUAGUCUAGUUUCCUCUCUGACACUUACUAAGCAAAUGACAAGGUUCUGUCACAGGGCUUUCCUUUGUGAACCCUUUAAUGUAAACUACCAUAUUUGCUACAAAAGAAAACAAAUGUCAGAACAGAGAAUUAAAUGUGACUAACAUAAAAUUCCAGUUGCUUUCCUUAUAACACAGCAGAAAAGCAGCUCUUGUUUUUCCUAAGUCUUCCACAGCAUUUCAGAACUAGAGGGCCUUGGCCGUGACUUGGCUUCCUCACCUUAAAGAACACGGCCACAAGGUGCUCCCCAUAGCCUUCAUGUGCAAAAUGAUUAAUAAAUUAACUUCUGCAAAAUGUAAAGUGCAUACAAAUGCUAUGCAAUUACAACACUCGAUCCUGACACAGUAUUGCUCUGUUUGCAAUACUGAGCUACAAAUAUGAAUGGUUCAAACUGAAAACUGGCAUUUAAAAAUACCAAUGAUUCUUAAAAACAAGGACCAAAGACAGGACAGGACUUGCUUACUAGGCACAACAUUCACGUUUCAGGGGUUCUGCCCUUCAGUCACCAGACAUAUCCACUACUCCAGAGAAAAAUAACAACUUCGUGAACUGAGUGUGAUUCUGGAGAGAACAAACCUGAUCUACACAACCAACUGAAAUGUAAAGAUACUUCUUCGGAAAGCAGAUGGGAUGUUACUUUAGUGAAAAGAAUUGUCUUUAAUGUUUUGGCAAAGUCUGUUCCAGCCCAGGGUAAACCCAGAGUGGGCAGGCUGGAGUGAAUGUUCUCACAGUGUACAAAAGCGGUUCACAUAGAUGUUGCUGUUGCAGAGGAAGCUGACAUGUGUUUGAGGUCAUUUGCAUGAGUCAAACUUUGCACUGAGUAACUCACCUAGAUACAAAUUACUUAUAUAAUGAUUUGCAAAAGAAAUUAUCUACUCAAGUUGAACUUGCUACAUUUUAAAAAAGUCAUUCUACAUGGUCUGUUCAUUAGACAAAUCUAUUCACAGUACACUUGACUACAUGUAAAAUUAUAUGGCAAAAGAUGAAUUAACACAGAACAUGGGAAAACAUCCCCCACAUGUGUUUUUUAAAAUGCCCUGCAAUUUUCACAUUCAAAAUUUUAUGCAUCUAAAUCUAAAAAAAUAUUAUAUGGAAUACUCUUAAGUUACACAAACUGAUAAUAAUUUACUGUAUUUUUUUACUCUAAUAGGAGCAAAUUACCACAUACUUGAACAAAGUUAAAAUAGUUACUAUUUCUUUAUAAUAAAUUUAAUGUAUAAUUUACUUGUGCUUUUUGCACCAAUUUAUAAAUACAGUAUAUGCAUUACACAACCAAGACUGACACCAACAUUAAUAAUUAAAUUCAAAGUAGCAAAUACUUACCAUACAAAAUUAACAGCAAAUACACCUUUUAGGAAAACCAGAGUCUUCUGGACUUUGAGGCCAGAGUCUCUACAAACCAUGUUAAGUCUGAGCACUGUGGAAUCUCGGGCCAGCUGUGAGAUUUUCUUUUCUCUAGUUGGCAUAAUGUUCUGGAGACCAAAUCUGUAUAUUUUCCCAAAACUGGCAGUAAAUCAGGGAAUGAUUCCAUGGUGUUCCUUCCAGGUGUUCAGGGUUUACAUGUUGUACCUUCAUGAAGACUCUGGUCAAUGCUCUCACCACUGAAAACAAGCUGCUUGCAGCAACUUCCAAGAGGCUCUGGCAGAAGCCUGGAUGGCAGAAGUCCACUAAGCAACAAUGUUUCAGCACCUUUGACCAAAACAAAAGCAAAGCAAAGUCCUACACAAAUAAGAACAAAGUUUAUAAAGUGCUUAUGAAAUUACAAGUAUUUCAAAUGAGAAUGAUGCAAAUUAAUGUCCUGUUGCCCAUCAGGUGAAUGCAGACUGAAUGGGUUGCUUCCUGUCAAGACCUGAUCUGCCUUUCACAUCAGUAGUUGGUCCAGCAGUUUCAAAACAGCCACAAAAAAAAAAAAAAAAAAAAAAAUCAUCACCAAUAAACACAUAAAUAUUUAAACCCACCAUAAUUCAUUCUUUCUGCAAAUAUGAGAGUGAAAUAAAAAAAAAAAAAGCACCAAUUUAAACGGUCUGCUGCCACCGUCCUGGAGUAGGCCCGUGUGAGCCACAGACCCGCUAAUAAACUUGCUCCAGUGCUGAGUGCAAACCACAACCUCUCCUUUGCUUUCUGUUUAAAUAUCUCCACGUGAAAUGUAGCAUAAAAUAUAGGAAAUCAAAGACCAAAGGGACAUUUCUCAGGAUGACUGACACACUAAAUCUGAUUUUCUACUUUUCAGUACAAACAUAAAACUGAAGGUUCUCUUCCCAACUCAGAAGUGUGACGGGUGCCCAUAGGGAGUCACUCCUUGCUGUGGCUGGUUACCUGAUGAGAGAAAGAGUCACAAGAUACCACAGGUCAAAACCGGCUGCAGGAAAUGCUUUCCGCUUACUGCUCUCGGCACAGCCUCAGGUGCGGUAUCAGACCACCUCCCAUGGGACAUCCCAUCCCUGGCAGCCCCUCGGGAGGACCCGAGCAGUACCACUGAACUCAGCAGAGGGGCCAGCUCCACAUGAGAAUCCCAUGCCCGCCAAGGCCAGGCCUUGGGGUUCCGGGAACUGGCCCACCCAAAGUGUCUCCCUCUGAACUCAGGAAGGAUGGGUAUUGUCCAUGCAGACCAGGACUCACUAGAAAGACCCUCUGAGCUCACGAAGGCACUGUCCAUGUGGAUGAGGACUCAUUAGAAAGGCCCUCUGAGCUCACAAAGGACAGGCACCGUCCAUGCAGACUCACUAGAAAGGCCCUCUGAGCUCACAAAGGACGGGCACUGUCCAUGCGGAUGAGGACUCACUAGAAAGCUGCUUCUGGAGCUGACGCACCAGGGCUGCCGUCUGCUGCUGCUGCUGGGUCUGCUGCAAGCCCGGCCGGGGGAACUGCAAUUGCAACAGCAGAAAGGACAGAAAUGAGGGCCAGAGCCAGCGGCUGAGGAACACGGUGACACCCUGGGUCAGCGGGCCGGGAAGGCACCUCCCGUACUUGAAGACACAGUGCCCUGCCCAGAGCGUGCCUGUUGAUGUUCCUCCACACCCUGGCGCGUCCCGGGAAGAGCGGGUGUGCCCCACCCGUUCAGGAGCCCCUCUCCCUUAGCUGGCCUUGAUGACAAGUCCUGAUGCAGGAAGGCCACACUCCAGAGGUGCCGCAGCGGUUCAAAGAUCAUUGUCAGCUCACCUUUACCAGGUGGCUUGAUGAUCAGAAUUUGCCAUUCUGGUCUGACAUAGCACCCAUUAGCCACCACGUCCCUGUCUGUCCCGCCCCUUCAAUCUACCCUUAAUUGGAAACAGCAGCUUUCAAAUGUUUGGAAAUAAUUAUAGAUUUCAAAUGGUUGGUUGUAAAAAUGUCUAAGUUGAUUAAAAUGUCUGGGUACACGGUGGAUAAAUAUUGGACUUAUUCAAUAAAUACU